AUGGCUAGCACAAUCAGUCUUCACCUCUCUCCCGCCUCUGGCAGCUUUCCGUUCCAACCGAAGCAAUUAAAGCUAGGCGACAAACGGGUCGUACUUGGGAUCGAGAUACCUAAUGACCCAGCACAUACAUCGUCCUCUUCCAAUGGAUGGUUCGCCGUAGUGCGGACCGGGAUAUCGCCUUUGCCCGUGAGCACAUCACAUGCUGAAGUCUGGCUGAGUGGGAGUAAGGUAUACAUUCGUGACACGGAUUCACCCUUUGGCACGUUUGUGAAUGGCGUGAAGAUCACGACAGAUACCCUUCUUCGUCAGGGAGAUGUCCUUAGUCUUGGAAGUCCUGUCCAACGUAAUAGCCAAACUCCUGCCUAUAUCACCGACGACCACCUUAAACCCAUCAUCGCAAAGAUAGCGCUUGUCAUUGGGUUGUCAGGGUGGUGA